AUGAAUGUUAUUUUUAAAUUUUUUAUUAUAUUUAUUUUAGUAGUUUUAUGUAGUGGAGAAAUCACAAAAAAUUUUAAUAAAUUUGCUGAAAAUAAUAAAGAAAAAUUAAAUAAUGGAAUAAUUAAACUUAAUGUAACAAAAUUAGACAAUUCAACUCUUCAGGAUACAAAUUAUAUCAAAACAAGUACUGAUGGGAGCAUAAAGUCUACAACAUUAAUUUCAGAUAUACAUAAAAGUAAUACCACAAAAGAUGCUAUAUAUAAAACUCCCUUAUCAAAUUUGACUGAUAUAGCAUCAUCUAUUGAUUUUAAAGAUAACAUAAUGAGUUCAAUGAUUCGUAAAAGUACCAAACUACCAAUGAUUAAUGAAUCUGAUUCCGAUAAGUUACCAGGUUUUUCGAAAAAUAAUAGUGUAAAAGUAUUCAGUGGGAAAGAAGUAACAAUAAUGCAAUAUUCCAAUGGUAAACAAAUCAAUGUAGCUAGAAAAACGGAUCAAAUAAUAUUUGGUAGUGGAAGCGAAAAAGAUAAAAAAACGAAAAUUGAUGAAUUGUCUCAAUAUCUAGCAACUGAAAAACCAAUAGUAAAUGUGAGUUUAAAUGAACUAGUUAAAAAAGAGCUAGAUACAUUUGUUGGAACGAUUGAUUGUUACAGAAAUAUUUCAUUAGUCAGUCAAAAUUUUUUCAAGUUACCAUGUUUACAAGAUAUAGAUGUUUCGAAAAGUUCUUUGAUUAAAAGAAUUGGAAUAACAAAACAAAACAAUACUAAACUUUAUGGAGGCAUUAAUAGUCUUAAAUUUUUAUUUUUGGAUAAAGGAAAUUCUUAUGAGAUUGUUUAUGAAAUCUUAAGAACCUGA